UCUAGAUUUGAAGGAAGUUCGAUUUAUAAGCAAAUCUUUACAUAAAGUAGUUACAAAUUUCUUGUCAUAUUUAUAAAGAGAAUAAAUAAAAGAAAAUAUAACACUCGGUACUCAUAAUAUUGGUGAUAUUAAAAAAUAUGGAAUUUUCAAAACAAAUCACAUAUGUAUCUGCAAUUGUGAUGACCAUUACCUGUUUAAACUUUGUGAAAGGAAAAAAUCAGACCUCUGCCUUCAUCACGCAGGUCCAAACUGUUUCAAAUAGACAGUCGUCUGCUACGAUAGAAUGUGCGUUCAAAUUAAUGAAGGAUGCUUCAAACGCCCAUGUCACGAGAAUUGCUGAAGGAACAGACUACUGUGAACGACAAACAAAGGCAUGGCCUAGUCCAGCGUUCGAGCAAGGAUUUGAAUACCACAAACUGACAACACUACUUCAUAAUUAUAAGCCACUGCUUGGGGACUUCUACAAUGAGGUUGACAGUCAUUAUCUUGACUCGGAAAUAAAAGUUGGAGACCGCUUUAUAUUUAUUAUACAAAGGACAGGCAUAGGCAGAAUGUUGAUCGAUUUCAAAAACGAACAAGAGGCGACAACAAUUUUAGAAUUCAGCGUCAGACCAGACACAUUUAGGAUAUACAACAGAAUUAAUGGAACUGGUGGUAAACGAGAAAAGGGCCCACACCCAUUCCCUGACUUCAAAACAUACAAGCUGGAAUUUGAAGUGCAGGAAUUGCGUUGGAUGAUAUACGUUGACGACACAUAUUUCACAAAGUUUGUUCACCGGCAUCCCGUCACGUUGAUCAGAGAGAUCCAAGUCUCUGUUUCGCCGGUUUUCAAGUAUCUCUCAAAGGCAUUUGACCCAAGGAUGUAAGGAAAUAAGACUGUUCAUGUUGAAAACAAGCAUAGUCACUCUGUUACUUUAAUCUGGUACAACGUGGGUUUUACGUUUAUGUUAUGACAUAAGAAUUAUGGGUAACCGGUUUGGUUAAAAGAAGAACAUGACCAUGCAUAGGUUUGAGUGAAUGAAAAAGGAACAUUUUCGGUAUUUUUCUUUUGGGAUUCUUAUUUUCACUAUUUUUCCCAAAUUAUCUUGAAUUCGAAAAUUUAGACUUGAUAUUUUAAAACGCAUAGAACAAUACCCCUUGUAGCUGAAAUGUUGACUAUACGCCUAAUUCUUGAAUAAUUCAAACACUUUUUUGGGCGAUUGGCGUUAUAAGCCAAAUUGGUUGAGGUUUAGUUGUGGUUGUAUUAUAACUGAACUGCAAUAUUCUGAGCUUGAAAUACUAUCCUUAUUUCUACGUCUCUUUCAUUUUCAUUAUAAGA